CCUCGCCAAUUCUUUUUCUUACUUUUGCCCCAAAUUGCCCACACAAUUAUGGCGCUUUUCUUCGCUCGUGUUCGCCCUCCGGAGGAGGGAUGUCGGUCCUCCAGAGCUUGGUGCUAGAAGGAUGUUUGCGAGCGGCGGGUGAUGGCCGGAGGAAGUAUUCGAGCCACUUCGCAACCGGAGCAAACCACAAAGGGGCAUGGGGGCUGUUCGGCUGCAAUCGUUCGUAUUAACCUUAAUCGAAACGCUCACCUUGCCUGCCUCGCCGCCCUCGCCACCGUCGAACCUCCUGCGUGCUCCAAGCUCCACCCCGCGCUCGCCAAUCAUGGUGAUGUGGCUCCCCUCAACCACGAUCCGCUCGUGCCUGGACGGGCUCGUGGCGAAGGGGCUGCUGCCCAGCGGUGAGAGGGUGCCAUCACCGCCGGACGGCUACGUCAUGUAGUUCAUGGACUUCCACGAGCAUGGCUUCGCGACACCCUCCCAUAAGUUCUUCCGGGGGCUGCUCCAUCAUUACAAGAUCGAGCUCCAGAAGUCGAAAGUGGACGUGUGGGUGAUCCCUCCCAUCGACUGCGCCAACGUCCACGUCCGCAACAACCGGGGUGAGCUGCACAUGGACAUUCUACUCAAGAAGUCGCAUAAGGGGUGGCAUCGCUCGUGGUUCUACGUCAAGAAUAAUGAGCACGUCUGCCUUCCGAUCUUCACCGGCCAAUCCAUGGCGGGGGUGCCGCGUGAGUGGUCGGACGGCCCCAUGCAGAAGGAGAAGGAUAGGUUCGUGGACCUGCUCAGUGCUAUCCAACAUCUGAAGGAGCUCGGCCUCAACGGCGUUGGGGUCGUCGGGGUCUAUCACGUUAGGAGGGUCGCGCCCCUAAUGGCAUGGACCGUUGCCCUAUAUCAGAUGGGCCCCGACGUCUCGUUCUUCGGCAGCGUGAUGUCGAUCGGCAUGAUUCGCGACUCAGAGAUCGGGCAGCGGAUCCGCGAGGCGUUCGAAGCCCCACCCGGAGUACCCGGUCCCGACCACCAGGUUGUAACGAAUAUGACACCAUUUAUGUCAUUUCGAAGCACCCGAUCACUUUCACCGGUGAAGCGCCCGGAGGACGGGUUUGUUGGACUGGCUCGGUUUGGGCCCUUCUGCAAGUCCGAGGCCCUGCUGCCGGAGGACGUGGCUACGCGAGCAGUGAACCGGCUCACCGCCGAGGCGAGGAAAAAGAGAAAGGAUGACAGAAGAUGGAAGAACAUCGAGCGGGAGACCGCAAGACAGGAGCGCGCACGGCCCCGACGGGCCGGCGAAGCCGUGCCUAGCGAAGAUGAGGUCGUGAGCAACGACAACGACGACGAUGAUGGCGCGGACGAUGUCGGCGCGGACGCCGCCGUCGGCGGCGACAUGCGGGCGGCCCUGAUGCAGGAGUACGAGGACGAGGACAAGCAGCCGCCCCUGCAAACAGCAGGGGCAUCUGAUCUCGUCGCCCUCCAGUCGGAAGCGGGCAGCUCCAGCCGGGCGGUUGGAAUGACCGGCUCGCGGCCAUCCGUGAUGGGGGUGCUGAGCGCAGUCCCUUCCCCAACGCUAACUGGGGAAUCCUGUCGGGUCGCUGCGGCGGCCAACCCGCAGUCGGCUGUGAGCGUCUUGGGAAAGCGCUCAGGGCCGUCCGGGUCGGCAUCUCGCGGGCGUAGCUUUAAGCGGCCGAGGUCGGCAUCUUGCCGGUAAGUGAUUCGUGCAAGUCCCCUUUUUCGAGAUACGUACAACACUAUGUCUCCUUUCUUUUCUUAUAGUCGUCGGUUUUCGGUCU